AUGCUGGCUAAAGUCGACUCAAACCACGUGAUUAUCAUUUUCAAUGACCGCCACUCGAGACGAUUGCCACAUGGUAUAACUUUACAACAGGCACUCAAAAAGUUGAAGGAUAAUUUGAUUGGUGGAAGGAAAAUUAAUGUGGAAAGAAUGAUAUUUCGGUUGGAAAAAGAAUGGAAUCAAAUAAUUUUAUUUCCCAAUGGUUUCCAAAGUUUCCGACCUAAAACAUUAGAUGCUGGAAAUGUGAAUCUCAACCAACUGAUUUCGACAAUAGAUGUUUCAAGUCUCCCGCUCAGAGAGCUCAAAGUUAACAUUGCAAAGAGCCCACUAAUCGAUAAUUACCACCAAUUAACUGAAAAGCUCAUAAUUACGGAUCGAGACAUUACUGGUGCAAGAUUUGCUCCGGUUUCCAAUCUACUUAAUCAUCCAGAAUUGAAGAAUGUGGUGUUGGAGAACACUUGUUUAUCGGAAGAGAACUUUUGGGGUCUUGCCCAGGACUGGAUUAGAGAUAAUCGAGUGAUUGGGAGCAGUUUGGAGACUUGUGUUGGGAAGUGGAGAACACCAUUUGGCUACGUGAUGUUUACUCGAAUGAAUUUCGGUGGGACAAUUGGAUAUUUUAAGGAGAAGAAUGGAUUGUGA